AUGGCCGAGAACCAAGACAAUGCCGCGCUCAUAAAUGGAAGCGUGAUGAAGCCCGAUGCCUUCGAUGGCAUGAAGUCCAAGUACAUCGCUUGGAAGACACAGAUGAAACUCUACGUAGUUACGCAAAGGAAGCGGCUACCCGAGCAAUUUGACAGGGUCUUAAUGAUCUUGCCCUACAUGAAAGGAGGCCAUGCUGGCGAAUACACGACGAAUGAACUAUGGACAGAUUUGAAUAAACAUUUCCUAAUCGACGAGCAAGCUGAAGCGUACGAUAGGCUGCAAGCAAUGCAAAUGGGAGUGCUAUCCAUGCAGGAGUUCUUCUUGAAGUUUGAAUUAUGCGCCUUCCAGGCGAACAUUCACGACUUUGAGGCACAUUUCCAGAAGUUGAAAUCGCUUCUAGAAAAAGCACUCCGGGCCGACAUCAUUCGGCUUCUUUACAAUUCAUCAGAAGAACUUCCCGCUACCAGUACCGUCGGCGAAACCCACAGUCCCAGCGGCAAGGACAAUUUCAACCUCGGCAGUAGCAGGCACAAAACACGUCGCGAUGGGACAGGUGUCACAUUUGGCGGCAGAGGACAGCCAAUGGAGCUAGAUCAGGCACGACGCUUGGGUCUUUGCUUCCGAUGCAGAGAAAAGGGACAUCUCUCGCGCAAUUGCCCCAAUCAGCAACAAGCUCAACAAGUACAAGCCGCAGAGACCCCGGUAGUUCCCACUACCAACGUGUUCACACCUCUCGCAUCGCUCCAAGAAGCUCCUGCCGCGACGGCAGAACUAUUCGACUGGAAAACGGCAAUUCGCAAAGAAAUUCGCACGGCCAUGAAGGGUUUUGCAAGCGGUCAGCCGGGUGCAUAG